AUGCUGCAACUGAAAUCCACCAUCAUAGAGCUUCUCAGAUGUGAGGUGGGCGAUGGUUGCUCUGCUUCAUUCUGGUUUGAUUCUUGGACGGCUUUUGGUCAGCUCAUAACCUUUAUAGGGGCAUCUGGACCAAGACUCCUGCGCAUAAGGAAGGACGCAAAGGUUAGUGAAGCAAUGAGAGAUGGUAAUUGGGCCUUGCCGGCGGCCCGUUCGGACAACUCUCAAGCUCUUCUGGUGGCGCUAACUGACCAUCCACCGCCAGUUCAAAGCAGAGGCCGAGACACUUUCCUGUGGCGAAACGCUUCAGGUAAUUUCCUCCCUUCGUUCUCUUCCAAGGAAACAUGGGAGCAGUUAAGAGUCCAUAACCCUUUGGUCCCUUGGUCUGAAGUGAUAUGGUUUAAGGAGCAUGUGCCUCGCUAUUCCUUUAUUGCUUGGCUAGCAAUGUUGAACCGUUUGCCUACAAGAGAUAGGCUAAGGCGAUGGGGCAUGAACAUCCCUGCCACUUGUGUUUUAUGUUCAAAUGGGGAAGAGGACCACAAUCAUCUCUUCUUCGAGUGUUCUUUCUCGUCGGGCCUUUGGACAUUCUUUGCAGAGAAGUUCCCACCCAAUCCCCCUGCCACCCUAGCAGCAGCUUCUUCUUGGAUUCUCCACCACUCUCAGCCGCACCUACGAAGAAUCAAGACCAUUCUAAAGCUCCUUUUCCAGUCAGUGGUUUACCAUCUAUGGAAGGAGCGCAACGCCAGGAUCUUUUCUGCCACUGAGACGCCAAUCGCAGCUCUUCGACUCACCAUCGACAGUUUGUUGCGCAGCCGCCUACUCUCUCUUCAAGGACCUAUCUUGCAUUCUCCUUCUCUCCUUCUUGUUUACUUCAGUAAUAUAUAUUAUCCCUUAUAA